AUGAGCGCAAGUGAUGGCGUAUCCUUGGAUCACAUUCCCAGCAUCGUAGACGGAACGCUGCAGUCUCAGGGCAGUGCACGCUUUGUCAAAGCAUGUGUCGCUUGUGCAAAACCCCAAGAACCGGGGCAGAAACCACUGCAGCGUUGCUCAGGCUGCAAGCAAGUCAUGUACUGCGGGAUGUGCAGAAUGACGACGAGGAUGAGGCAAGCCGCCAUGCAAACUGAACCUGAUGAUGGAAGGGCCGUCAAAGAGUUCGAGAAAUGGUCCGUCUGCUUGCUCUCUUUCGUUGAAGGGCUGUUCUGA